GGAAAUUAAGAGUAUAUAGUACAACAGGUCACGAGAUGGCUCAACUUCCACACAACGUACAUGACAUUGUUAAAGAUGCAGACUCAGAGAUUGACACCUCCUCUCCACAGAAGGUGUUUAAACAGCUCCAGAAUGGAGUUCUCUUGAAUCAGAACACACAGCUGUGUAAGCAUAACGAGGACUCCGAUGCCAUCGACUUUAGGCUUUUUUCAAAAGGUCUCACAUACCAUGGAGGAGAUUGGAAAAGGUGCAAAAUAAAGGGCGUGGAAGUGAAUGAACUAAUAAGUGGAAAGAGCAUCGAGGUAAAAACAAAUUUCAAGACACGUAAACUAUCUCCAGACAAAACCUAUGAAGUUUCUUUCCUUAUAAUGAUGAAGGACAGAGCCAAGGGAUGGGAUAAACCCGUCACCCUGAAAUUUCAACUCCCAAAUGGAGAAACUGAACAAACCACAGAAAAUCUAAGUGAUCAAGAAACCAAUGUUUGGAUACAACUCACAAUUGGAGAAUUCCACACUCCCAGUUCUGGUAUGUCUGGUGAUAUGAAGAUCUCUUUGUCUUCACCGGAUGCUCAGGAGAAGACCAGACUCGUCAUCAGGGAAAUCGACAUUACUGCCAAAGAGUAAUAAGCAUGAGGAUGAUCGAAGAAAGGACGUUUGCAGAACUAAGUUUGUAGAUAUAUAAUGAAUAAAAUAAUUUAGUUCUCAUGCGUCAUAUAUAAGUAGUAGUACUACUGUACUAGUAGCGGUCUCUAUGACUGCGAAAUAAAUAAAAAUGUAUGGGAGUUUUGUAUCUACGGAAUAAUCAAGAGUCUCAGCUUAUAUAUAUAUAUGCUC